AUGGAGAAUCCACAUGAAGCUGAGCAAGCUGUAUUGCUAGAACGAAUCAUAAAGAACGUCGAUAAGUGUAACGAAGCGAUCAUGGAGAUGAACCAUUGUAUAAAGGAAUUCCUCGACUCGUCUUCAGACGUUCAUGUCGCUGCUCAACUGUUCGCCAAUUACUCUAGAAACGUAUCGUAUAAUCUAGAAGCUGUGAAGAAAAUGCCCAAGCCUGUAUAG